GCGGUGGGGAGGAGAGGUGUUUCCGCUCACAUGCCGCCCGCCUUUGAAGCAUCAGCCUCCGCUAACGGCUCCUUUAAGAGAGCAGCCCCGAACACUGACGAAAUUUCCUCGGCCCCAGCUCACUGCCCGUUUCUGCGAAAUCAACAAGAGACGAAGGCAGGCAAGCUAGUAUCAGCAAGCUCCGGGCCAACAGCGCUGCUCAGGGUAGCUCUACCCCCGUGCAGGAGGGACGCGACUGGUACACAUUUACAUAUUUUGUCGGUAUCUGCCUGUCUUACCGCUCGACACUCAGCAGGAGACGACAUUUAGUCGGCGUACGGAAACAAGCGGAUGUUGUUGGGGAUGGAUGGACCAAGUGAGCAGUUGUCGCCGUGAGACUGGCGCUGCUAAUUUGAACGUCCUGAGCAGCAGGUGUACUGAAGGAUAAAGCAGACUAAAGGCAAUCUCAGUGUUCAUGAAACUUUGCUACGAUUUACGUGCUGGGGUUGCCGUCCGCCAUGUUAAGGUAAAGCCCAGGUGCGCGGUGUUGACCAUGCUAAAGCGCCUGGACAAGAUCCGCUUCCGAGGCCCCAGAACGAGAGACGACUUCCCGGAUCUGGCUGAGUCGCCACCCGCCUCCGACAACGAAUGUAGCGAUGAGAUGCAGCUGAAGCCCAGAACAGCUCUGCGUGACACAGAGGACCUCCUGCGAGACCCUGCGGGUUCGGGGUCUCCCACCAUGGCUGCAGCCGUCCAGGACUUCCAGAGGUCUGAGUCAGACAGACUCAAUGAAGUCAAAGGUCACCUGGAAAUUGCCUUAUUGGAGAAACAUUUCCUACAGGAGGAGCUGAGGAAGCUGAGGGAAGAGACCAAUGUGGACUCCCUGCGGCAGGAGCUGGAGAGAGAGCGAAACAAGAGGAUAGACCUGGAGCAGAAGAUGAAUGAGGUGCUCAAGUCCAGGCUGGAGGACUCUCCGCCGCAGCCUCCCCGGAAACAGCAGUCGCCCUCAAACAAUGGAACAGCAGAUAAACAGCAGAAGGAGGUCUGGAGUUCGAGACUGCAGAAGUGGCUGUAUGAGCGCUUCGGGGUUUACAUUGAAGACUUCCGCUUCCAGCCGGAGGAAAGCACCGUGGAGGCCGAGGAACCGCUAAGUGCUAAAAGGUUAACAGAAAAUAUGAGGCGACUCAAGCGAGGAGCCAGACCUGUCACCAACUUCUUAAGGAACCUCUCCGCCUUAUCUAAUUGGCACUCCGUAUACACCUCAGCUAUUGCCUUCAUUAUCUACAUGAAUGCUGCUUGGCAUGGCUGGGCCAUUCCCAUGUUGCUCUUCCUGGCUAUCCUGCGCUUGUCCUUAAAUUACCUCAUAGCCAGAGGUUGGAGGAUCCAGUGGAGCAUUGUGCCUGAGGUCUCUGAACCCAUGGAGCCUCCAAAGGAAGACUUGACUGUGUCUGAGAAGUUUCAGCUUGUACUUGAUGUUGCCCAAAAAGCACAGAACCUGUUUGGUAAGAUGUCAGACGUUUUGGAGAAGAUAAAAAACCUGUUCAUGUGGGUGCAGCCGGAGAGCACCCGGAAACUUUACAUCUGCCUGUGGGUGGCUUUCAUCAGCUCCUGCGUCCUACCGUAUAAACUAAUGGGUUUCAUGUUAGGCCUGUAUGCCGGCAUCAAAUUCUUCAUCAUAGACUUCCUGUUUAAGAGCUGUCCCAAGCUGCGGGACAAGUACGACACACCUUACAUCGUGUGGAACAGCCUUCCCACGGACCCUCAGCUCAAAGAGAGGACCAACGCUACUGUGUCCCGACGGGUUCAGCCGGUGGUCUCUCGGAGCAGCCUCGCCACCGCUCCGUGCGGGGUGAGCAGAGAGGAGGAGACUGGUCGCUCCCACAGCACCAAGAAGGGAGCCUUUCAUGAGAUCUUCAACCUGCAGGAGUCAGAGCGCCCUCUGCCGGUGUGUGAGAACGGCUGGAGGUGCUGCCUCAUAAACCGGGACAGGAAGAUGCCCACAGACUACAUCAGAAACGGAAUGCUCUACGUCACAGAGAAUUACCUGUGCUUUGAGAGCUCCAGCUCCAGAUCCAGCUCCUCCAAGAAGAAUAAAGUUAUCAAGCUGGUGGACAUCACUGACAUACAGAAGUACAAAGUGCUGUCAGUCCUACCAGGAAGUGGGAUGGGCAUCUCUAUAGCCACGCCUUCCACUCAGAAGCCAUUGGUGUUUGGUGCCAUGAUCCACAGAGACGAGGCUUUCGAGGCCAUUUUCACCCAGUACAUGAAGAUCAUGACCACCACCAAACCACCAGCCAACGCAGAGCUCUAGACAGCCAGCAUCUCAGCAACACAUCUCCAUACUGGGGCUGAAUUCUGGGGAGAGAGAGGGCCUCCUUAGAUUCAACUGGACUGGAAGAUACUACUGGAAGAAAAAAAAAAAAGAAAAGUCCCAACACACUCUUCUGCUAUGCUCCUCCUCAUGUGAUGGGCCAGCUUUGAUUGGUGGAUUUCCUGUUUAGGCCGAGUUGGAGGGAAUGUGACGGCUACUUGUCUGCAUAGUUGGGAUUUAGUUCCAUCAUGUGCUCUUUGUAGACGUGGGAUCGGUGGGGUUUUUAUCAAUCAGCAGAAGGCAGGUGAGGGGGCUGGUUCUCCUCUCCCACCUGACUGACCAACUGACUGGUUUUCUGAGAUACUCCUUUCUGUGUUUGCAUGUGUGAAUGUGAUUGUGUGUCUGUGUGUUUGGGCAGAAAUGAAGCUAUUAAACUGCGUCGAGAGGCUCUGUUUUCCUCUUCGCCCCUCAGUCGGCGGAGUGACUUCUACUGUGGUAGGACGAUUUCAAGAAGUGCUCAACGUGGCUGUAAAAUGAAUAUCACGAAACAAGUAGAAGAUUAACGUGAGGUUCGUUCAACUGCCAGACAUCUGUAGGAACAAACCUGUAAGUUUUAGCUUUAUAAUUCUGUGCAAAAACAACAGCUGGUGUUGAAGUGCUUAGAUGUUGAACUGGCUGAUCGGUGCCUCGUGGCAGAGGCCAGAUAAGUUAUAGUGUGUGUAGUCAGUGAUUGUUUUUUUUCCUUUUUACGUGUAUUAGCUGUGAAAAUGUCAGGUCGCCAUUUGACUGACACGGAGCCUUUCUCUUAGUUUACAUCCCCCCCCCCCAACUUCUUUCUACACACUUAGUCGUCUGUCGAUCUAACAAACCGAAAAUGUACGCUGCCAUGUUCAGCAUCCGCUUCUGUGUUUGUAAGUGUGUGUAUGGGUAGUGGGUUUUGUUGUUGUUGUUUUUUUUUUUUCAAAAAUGCCUUUCUUUUGAAAAAUGUCUUUGUAACACACAGCCUUUGGGAUGAAUAAGUGGUGGUCCUGGAGCUGCUGAUGGUGUCCGAGACGAGAGCACAACCGCUGUUAGAUAGUUCAAACACUGACUGCCAUUUGUCUAAGCUUCUCUUUUCAAGGCACAGUUUGUACAUAUAUAGAAAGAGAUUCCUUUUUUUUCCAUCUGUGGUAUUAUGUUGCAGUAAACACACUUCAGGCGCUCACUACUUCAGCUUGAAUGGUCAGUGUUUGUAAAAAGCUGCAGGUUAUGUCCGAUGUAUUUCUCUUUUGUCUGACUACUUGAGCCAGCGCACGCCGCAUCCUGCUGGUGUCAGUGCAGCACAAAUGCGGUCCGAGCACAUUGUAUUAAUAGCAGACUGAUCUCUGCUGUCAGCCAGUCAGACUUCAAACUUCAAACUGACCGUAAAAGAAGAAGGUACUUUGACUUGAAAAUGAAUCACUGACAGAUUACUUUGACCAGGCGUUGCCAUAUCCCAGGAACAGUGAAGAAAUGAAUAUGUCUCAUUCUGAUCAGGUACUCUCGCUUCCAUAAAUGCACAGCUCCUCAGUGUGUUUGAGGUUUCAUAAGCAGUCAUAUAAAAUGUGGAUUUAUUAAUGUUAGUCCAAUAUUUGAGUCUAAAAACCAGGAUUAUGAGCUGUAAAGACAUGCCUAAUUAGAUCCCUUUUGUUUGUUUGCUUAUUACAUCCCUUAUUUGUAAAGCCACAGCGAGCAGAGGCUUUCCAUCCGGGUGCUCUUCCACUUGUUCCAGAUUGUUGAAAUGUCUGCUUCUUUUUAUUUUUAAUGAUAGUCUAUGAGAUAUUUGGAUAAUUGGCCUAGACUGAACAGAAUACUUCAGCGUCACUUUAUUUUAAGACGCCGUUUGCGAGAAUAAAGCUGGUCUUUACUCUAGCAGAAUGGUAUGAUAUGUAGAAAUACAAUGCCAAACUACACCAGACACUUUACUGUGUUCUGUCAGAUGAAUGGAGAGAACCUUUGGGGACUGGAGGUCAUGACUCUUCAGAUUUUAGUAUGAGAGACAGUAGAGUAGCUUAUUCACACUUGAGUUUCCAGUUUAUCCAAGAUUGAGUUUCCUCGUUGUCAUCUCAAAAUUCACCGUUAAAAGGGAGAUCUUGACAUUUGAGCAUUUACUCUUAUUUUGCUUAACUCACUGAACACCUGUAUUUAGUUUAAUAAUCCUUAAUCACUCUGGUGAUUUUUUUAUUCCCUUUCAAUCUAAAAAAUGUCAAGGUUUCUCUUAAAGUCCAUACAAGUCCUCUUAUCAUCAUUACCAAAUAGAAUCAGUUGAGCUGGAUAUGAUGUUGCCUGAGAAGCAAUGGACCAGAUCAGCAAACCACGUUAUUAUUUUUACGUCAAUCUAAGUAAGGAUGGAUAUUUUUCUUUGACGUCUAUUAUUGGUAUGAUUUGGCCUGUUAUUAACAGGCUGCCUUCCCAGACAUGGAUUCUUCUAUUUUUGUUUAGGAAUGAUAUUGAUCCAUGAACGGGAGAGACAUGUCGGAUAUUAGAGCAGGUGAAAUCGGUAAAGUAAUUCACGCUGUUGUAGUCUUAAAGCUUUUACAUGAAGCCUUUUGUAAUCUGUUAAUUCUGAAAACUGGCUCUGUGGAGGGAGACCCCAACAAGGCUGCACUCAGAUGAAGCACAGAAUGUAUCACGUUCUAAUUGUCUAGAAUUUUUUUUUUUUUCUUUUGCCAAAUCUUAAAUUUUCUGUCUGCCAUAUUCUGCCUACGCUCAUGUUUACAGAAGGUUGUAAAAAAUUAAUUUGUUGGUUUGUGUGUGUGUGUGUGUGUGUGUUCUUAGCCCAGUUUGAAUUCCUUUGACUCCGGAGUUAUGAAGACUGGACUGCUGUUGUUGAAUUGAGCGUCUCAGCUCUCAUUGGCUCUGCACCACUCACAUGACUAUUUCUGCUCGCCUUCAACCAUUAUGAAACUCAAAUCACCGUGACAACAUGAGCAGUAUUUUCAGUGUCAUUCAGUGUGUAAAGUAUCAUAUCCGACAUCACAGUACUUGGUUAUGGUGCAUUGUAAUUCGCAGUAACAUUCAGGCUUCAUACAGAGCAGAGAUGGUCAUGGUGGACUGAAAUGGCAACAUCAGUGUUUUUGACAUUUUCUUUUGAUGUCCAUUGUGACUUGAUGCACCUUUUUGAAGAGUGUACAGAAAGGCAGAAAUAAAAACAAAAGUUUUUUUCACUUUGUUUCUUUUAAAUGAAUAAAAAUAUGUGCACUCAUACUGCUGUAAGGCACUUUGGACAAAAACAUCCAGCUAUUGUCAAAAGAGUAACGUGGCAUUUUUGUUUUAGAUGAGAAGUUUGAUACCACUCCUGUGUCUGUAUGCUGAAUAUGGAUCUUAUGCCAGCUGCUUAGCUUAGCUUAGCUUAGCUUAGCUUAGCUUAGCUUAGCACUGAUUUUGUUAUAUGUUGACAAACUCAGGCUCCUUGAUAACAGUGUUUAUGCUGCUGGCCGUAUUACUGUAGAGGUGGAAAUUAUGAUUCACUUUGCUGAUUUGAAUCUUCUUCAAACCUUCAUGAUUAUGCUUAAAUCAUAUUCGUUAGCAUACACAAAACUUCCAUGCUGUGGUCUGCUAUGGUUCCAUGCUAACUAACUGUUUAGCUGUCAUCUGUGCCUUUCAGUCUUCACUUUCCUGUUGUUAUUACCGACUGCUGCCCAUCACCUCUUUCGUCGAGCCGUGACGUUUAACAUACGAUGGUACAGGGCGUAUGGAAAUUGUGUUUAAUGAGGGUCACUUAAAACAAAUAUUCAAUAAAAGAUGGUUCUGUAAAUUAAUGCUGUCCUUAACCAGUUUAUCAAGAGUGCAUAGAGAAAGGAAAAAAAAUUUGAUGUGUUAUCAAGCUUCUCAUCUAACUCACCAAGAAAGUAGAUAAACAUGUUUCCAAAAACAGUGAAAUAUUCCUUUGAUGUUUCGAAUAGUAAGCUGCAAAUAAAAGACAGCCAUACCUCGCCUUUGACACAGAACAGUUUGAGUAUUUGACUGCUGUUGCAGAGACCUGGUCAAAAACAGUGGUGUUGUCCUGUCAGGGUCCCCUCUGUUUAAGCUGGUCCUCGCUGUUGUAUUGAAAAUGUACAUCCUCUGUGUGUUGUUAAUGUUAAUUAAGGGUUUUUCCAAAAGCAUUUCAACUGAUUGUACAGUACUCAUUGUACCAGUGCUCCUGUCUCAAUUUUGGUAAUUUACAAAUGAACUGUCCCAAGGCUGCAAACAGCCGUAAUGUGACGGUAUGGUUGAAGUGAAUAAAUAAAACUUCAGUCCUGUUGUAUGGACCCAUACUGCUUGGUACAGUUAGUGAGUUACAAAUUAAAGUCCAAGUGUAAACGGGAGACACUGCAGUCAUUACAAUCAGUAAUUAAUUUGUCGCGUGUGACAGUAUGAUUUCCUCUUUUUUUUUCCUUUUUUUUUGUGAAAGAGGAAUUUGUAUACAAAUGAUCAAAAUGUACAGUGAAGAAAACAAAAACCACAGAGUUUUUAAAAGACAUGUCUAUUGCAAAGGAUAAUGUGAUGUACAUUUUUUAAUUUAAGUAAAUGAAUUUAAGGUA